AUGAAUUGUGACAAGACCACGUCAAUUCCUGUCCGUAGAGCCUCAGCUCCGUCACAUCUUAAAUCUCGUCGAAAUAAUUCGUAUGCAACAACUGCACAAUCGAUCUGUUCGAAGUCUACUUCCAUUGAUGAUCAGCGUUUUCAUCGACCGUCACAACCUUCACGACCAUCCACAGCUCCGAGCUUUGCUCUAUCUGACCGCUUCAAAUCGACCAGUCGAAAUCGAAAAACAUCCUUUUUACUCAAAAAUGACUUUUCAAAGAAACAAAAUGUGGGUCGACAACGACGUCAUACGAACCUGACGAUAAGUCGAAGCCGUGAUAGAAGUGAUAACUACAAAAGUAGUAGUAUUAUUGAGAAAUUGUCGCGAGCAACUGACAGUACCGUUAAGUCUACAAACGAUCGAUCUCAUUUGCAAGAUUUUGAAGUACAAUCAAAGGGAGACAAUGACCGAUUGUUCAAGUCUUUUACGACUAUGUCCGGCAAACGACAGAGUGAGAUCGAAGCAACAUAUCGCUCUGCUCUGCUAUUAGAGCAAAAAGGUCAAGUUGCAUCAGCCUUUGAAGCUUACAGACAUGUGCAGAAACUCUCUGGUGGUCGACACGCUUUUGGGCACUAUAGUAUGGGGAUUUUGUUCAUGCGGCUGGACAAAGUGCCCGAAGCUCUUGACUGUUUUUCGCGCGCGAUUGCCAUUACCGAGCGCAGAAAUUUGAUUGAUUCUUUCGGUCCGAAAUCUUAUUUACUAUACCAACAGCGAGCAGCAGCGUAUCGAAAGGUGGGGCAAUAUGAAAAGGCAGCACACGAUUACGUUUGUUCGCAAAAGUGCGCAGAAGGUGGAAUAUGUACGGACGACAAUAUCCUAUGUGUUGUCGAGACAUCUUAUCGCGAUAGAAAUCGAGGAGGAACUUUUGUAUCUGAAAAUUAUAAGGCUGAUGCUUUCGAAAAUGAUCAACUGACAGCAUGGACGUUUCAACUGAGUCAAGUAAUUGCUCGAGUUCCAACCGCUGAGAGAAAAGAGGGUGACGUGCAACAGCUCAGUGACUUUAUGCAGAAACAAUUUGCUGCUUGUGCGGCAUUACACCCUGAAGUUUGUAAUCUUUUAUGCCGUAAGCUUGAGCUAAGUCCUGAAGGAGCCCUUCCAGCUCAAACACCACUGUUUUUGGAGCCUGAGGAAGAUAAUGAUUUGGCUGUACGAGACUGUACAAUCUAUUUUAUUUUUCAAGGACGUGUGUCAUUGUCAAAGACGGUCAAUCGGAUGUUUCAGUCCCCACGAAACUCUUCGAAAGAGGUAGUUAUAGAAGGCGAAAUAAGUGAGCAAGAAACGACGUGGAAAUCUCCAUGGACUAGGCAGCAAAGACCUGUAAGUACUGUUUGGCAGCAAUCGCAAUUAGGGCUUUGUACUCUUAAGCACGGCGAAAUUUUUGGCCAUCAAGGGAGAUGUACAAACGCUUUACGGACGUAUUCAGCCGUGACAGCGACAACCUGUGUGAUUGGAGCUCUUUCUUGGCAUGAGUGGGAUCAAGUCAUCCGUGCACAACAUGAGAUCGAGCGAGAAGCGACCGCGCGGUUUCUUACAAAGGUCCCAGCAUUUGCUAGUAUACCUAUGUCAGAUAUUCGAAAGCUUGCGUACCGGGCUACAGCUUUCAAAAUUAUUGGCUCGAAAGUCGUGGUUUGCGAAGGUCAGCCAUUAGAUGGAUUACUAGUGGUUAAAUAUGGGGAUCCGCUCAGCUUCGUACAUGUAAAUGAUACAUAUCAUGGAUUUCUCCCGCAAACAUUCAUGAAUCUUAAACAACGUGAGCUUUUACGCCUUGCUUCAGCGGGAGUGAAAAAGGCUGCAAAUCAAAAAAGUAGCAUCGUGAUGAAUGAUUUAGAAAGUAAAAAAAAUAAAGGGGUACCUGAACCAGUGGCGUUGGCAUUGAGACGCGGGGACUGUUUUUGUGUAUCCCUGACUUGGGUGCCAUCACGGGCAUCUCGAGAAAGCAAUCAACUUAUUGGAGCUUUAGGUGCAAAGGCAACAUUGAUCUCUAGUGCGACUGCAGAGCUAUUGUUCUUAUCAGCUACCGAUCUCAUGCAAGAACUCUCAGUUGAGAGCCGAAAGCUCCUUCGUCGAAAUCUGCAGCUUAUUGCUGUGACAAAGAAACGUGAAUGUGCGAUGGAUUUGUCGCCAAAAGGAACAUUACGCUCUCAACAAAAAGGAAAAGGAGGCUCAAAUUUGCUUCAGCAGCUCAUCGUCGAAACAAAGUGGGACAGUUAUAAAGAAGAGCUUGUGAAAAGUGUACUUCAUCGUCGUACUUAA